AGAUAAAUGAGAUUGCCUUAGAAAAAAAAGUUACACAGCUAAGGGUGUGAAAUUGUUCACCUUGAUGAUUCAUUUGGUGAACACUACAAACACAAGCGCAACACAAACAAGGUUAGGAGAAUACAACUGAAAAUGACAUAACAUGAGAUGACCAAAAAUUGUAGAGUAACCUUCCAUGAAGAGUGACAUAACAGUAACAAAACUAGUAGCAAAUGGUUUAUACAAAGAAGCGCUUAACCUAUAUUCACACCUCCACUCUUCCUCCCCCACCCCUAACACCUUCACCUUCCCCAUUCUCCUCAAAGCAUGCUCCAAUCUCUCUUCCCCUUCUCAAACUCAAAUCCUCCAUGCCCAUCUCUUCAAAACUGGUUUCCACUCCCACCCUCACACAUCCACUGCCCUCAUUGCCUCUUAUGCUGCCAACACUCGCUCUUUCCACUACGCCCUUGAACUGUUCGAUGAAAUGCCUCAACCAACUAUCACUGCCUUUAACGCUGUACUUUCUGGAUUAUCGCGAAACGGGCCUCGCGGGCAAGCUGUGUGGCUUUUCCGCCAAAUUGGGUUUUGGAAUAUUAGACCCAAUUCUGUCACGAUAGUGUCUUUACUCUCUGCACGUGAUGUAAAAAAUCAAAGUCAUGUGCAGCAGGUUCAUUGCUUGGCAUGCAAGUUAGGAGUUGAAUAUGAUGUUUACGUUUCAACUUCGCUUGUUACUGCUUAUUCGAAAUGUGGGGUUUUGGUUUCUUCGAAUAAGGUUUUUGAAAAUUUACGCGUGAAAAAUGUGGUUACUUACAAUGCUUUUAUGUCAGGGUUGUUGCAAAACGGGUUUCAUCGUGUUGUUUUUGAUGUUUUUAAGGAUAUGACGAUGAAUUUGGAGGAAAAGCCAAAUAAGGUGACUUUGGUGUCUGUUGUUUCAGCAUGUGCUACGCUUUCAAACAUUCGUUUGGGGAAGCAGGUUCAUGGGCUUAGUAUGAAACUAGAAGCUUGUGAUCAUGUUAUGGUGGUGACUUCACUUGUGGAUAUGUAUUCAAAGUGUGGUUGUUGGGGUUCUGCUUUUGAUGUUUUUAGUAGAAGUGAAAAGAGGAACUUGAUCACUUGGAACUCAAUGAUUGCAGGGAUGAUGAUGAAUUCAGAGAGUGAGAGGGCUGUUGAAUUGUUUGAGAGGAUGGUGGAUGAAGGGAUUUUGCCUGAUUCAGCAACUUGGAACUCUUUGAUUAGUGGGUUUGCACAAAAAGGAGUGUGUGUAGAAGCUUUUAAGUACUUCAGUAAAAUGCAGUGUGCUGGUGUGGCUCCAUGUUUGAAGAUUCUCACUAGUCUUUUGUCUGUGUGUGGUGAUUCAUGUGUGUUGCGAAGUGCGAAAGCGAUACAUGGCUAUGCUUUAAGAAUUUGUGUUGAUAAGGAUGACUUUUUGGCAACUGCUUUGGUUGAUACGUAUAUGAAAUGCGGGUGUGUUUCUUUCGCACGUUUUGUUUUUGAUCAGUUUGAUGUAAAACCAGAUGAUCCUGCAUUUUGGAAUGCAAUGAUAGGAGGGUAUGGAACAAAUGGAGACUACGAGUCUGCUUUUGAAGUCUUUUAUGAAAUGUUGGAUGAAAUGGUUCAACCAAACAGUGCAACAUUUGUUAGUGUUCUAUCUGCCUGUAGCCACAGUGGCCAAAUUGAGAGAGGGUUACGUUUUUUCAGAAUGAUUAGAAAGUAUGGUUUGGAUCCAAAGCCUGAGCAUUUCGGAUGUGUGGUUGAUCUCUUGGGUCGAGCCGGUCAGUUGGGCGAAGCUCGAGAUUUGGUGCAAGAAUUAGCAGAACCUCCUGCAUCUGUUUUUGAUUCUUUGCUUGGUGCAUGUAGGUGCUACCUAGAUUCCAAUCUUGGGGAAGAGAUGGCCAUGAAACUUAUUGACAUAGAACCGAAAAAUCCAGCUCCACUGGUGGUUCUGUCUAACAUAUAUGCUGCAUUGGGAAGAUGGAGUGAAGUAGAAAGGAUAAGAGGAUUGAUCACAGAUAAAGGAUUGGACAAAAACUCUGGUAUUAGCAUGAUAGAAGUUACAUGAAAACUGCUUACAUAGAAAAACUUGAAAUGAAAUGUUAUUUUUUCUUUAAGAUAACAUAAAGUUUGUUACAUUUAGAGUGUUCUUUCUUCUGCCUAUUUAAACUUCCUCGUAAAUCACUGAUUCAGCAUCUCUUUAACUGCAAAUCCGUAGUAAUCGUCAAAAUGGUAAUCAGGUUCAGUGAUGAAACAAGAGAUUACAUCUCUCAGUGUGAUGACACCAACUACUUGAUCUUGUCCAUUUACUGUAUAAAUCCUGUGAAUAGACUGUGAAGCAAGAGUGUGAAUCACGCUCUGCAGAGUUGCAUCAGGCUUGCAGGUUAUAGGCCGAGUAACUUUUCCAGAUUCAUAGGAUGCUGAGACAAUUUUCUUCAUGAAAUCCAUCACAGUGAGAUUCCUGAAAGUCAAAAUACAGGGAUGGUGAAGAAGACAUUUCAGUUGAGUAAUUAGUUCUCUUACAAGUUACAAGCUUGUGUGAUGACCAUUGGCCAUAAUUGUAGCUAUUGAUUGUUUUCCUUAAAUAUUCCCACAAACAAUCACACACAUGUAUAUUAAGUGGUCAAUCUUAUGACCGUAGCUGAUUAAUAUUUUUCUCGAUCUUAGAGGUCAAUGGCUUGACUAGAUAUACAAUUUAUGAUUGAUUGAUAUUUUUAAACUUGAUCUCAAUCUUAGAGGUCAAUGGUUUAUACAAUUCAUGAUAGAAUUUUAUGUCGUAGUUUGAUCCAUAUAGCCGACUCACCUGGUGUUAUAAGACUUGGUUGUUGUUGUAGUCAUUUGUUUGAUUAUCUUUAUUUUUGUAUUUUAACCAAAGAUGAACCAAAGAGAGUUUUAUUUUUGAAAAUGCAGAACCAAUUUUGUAUCUGAUUUUAGAUUUUACAGACUAGCGUGUUUCCGUAAUUAUUGUUAGAGAUGCAUACCACACGGAUUCCCAAUUUCUACUUAGGCUCACCUAAAAUUGGAGAAAAUUUCAGGCUUUAGCAGCAAGUAUCUGAUGUCUCUUAUGCUCAAGUUUCCAACAAUUGUCUUUGCUGGCCCCUCGACUACAGGAAGACCACCAAUUUGAUUAUCCCUCAUAAUCUUAAAAGCUUCAAGAAUCAAUUCAUUACUCUGGAUGCUAAUAACCUGGACAAGAAGAAAUAAGGUGUUUUUAAAUCUCCAAGUUGAGGGAAAGCUGAAAGUUUUAAACGCAAAUCGUUACCUUAUCAGCAGACAUAAAAGGAAGUCCAAGGUCAGCCAUAGGCCUGGCUGCAAUGCAAUCAAACCAAUCUCUUCCUCUGCAUCCUUCAAGACCUUGGAUAACUGCAGACUGGGUAAUGAAGUUUACUAUGUCUGCUUUACCGGGUUCUAUCACUGGUACAUUCCUCAGCCUAUACUUUGAGAGCAACAGCAAGACAGUCAACAUAGCACUAUUUUUUGCAACAGGAACAAAGGGUGCCCAUCGGAACACAACUAUAAUUUUUCGAUGAAAUACAUAUGAUUGACUAUCAACACAACAAAAGCCAAAUGAAUAGCUAACCAGCCUGUCUCAGCUAGAAAUGGUCUCCUCUCUUAGGGAGAGAUAUUUUAUUUCAAAGAUUUCUUCUCAACCAAGGAAGAAAAAAGCUUAAAACAAAAGUGCAAUAAGCUCAAAAAAAAAAAAAAAAAACUGACAGUUUACAGUAGAACCAUUGUUUGCCUACCGUUGUUGACUUGAAGGGUUCUUCUUGCAGUAUUACUUUGUAAAAGUCCUCGCCGAGGUUAUUUGCAGCUUGCGGAGCAUCUUUAGCCAUGGUUUUAUCUGCAGCAACACCACCUACCACUGCUGCACCUACUGCAGCAGCAGUUAGCCCAGCAAUUGCAGCAGGACCUGUAGCUCCUAAUGCUAUUGCUCCCAAAGCACCGACAGUUCCCGCGCCAACUCCGGCAGCUGUUGCUGUACCAGCUGAUAGAGCAACUGCAGCAAGUUCUGCACUCUCCAUCACCCAGAGAAUUAUAGCUGAAUAAUCUAUGAUGCCAAGGUACCUGUCUCUCCAAUCUGAGCCAAUUCCUGCAUCGGGGUCCUUAACUGGUGCUGCCAAUAUGUUGCUUUCAGAUAGAAUCUUAACAGCUUCACCAACAGGAACUCCGGGAAAAGAAGAAACAGGAAUCUUUGCAAAUGAAUCUGUCAAUGUCUCCUGCAAUGUUUGUGGUAGCUUCUUUCUUGAUUGUAUGGUUUCGAAGUAGCGGUCACAUUUUGAAAGUUGGGUGCUUGUUCUGACCUCUUGUUCAUGUGCCAUGUUUUGAACUGAAGACAUUUUUAUUAAUUCAGGUUUCAAUGGUUUUCAUGAAAUUGCAGAACUGUAGCAGAAGAAAUAUCUAUACCUUGUCUAUUUAGCGUACUUUUGAUUUCAUUUUUGUGAGAGACUAUAGUGAUUCUAAAAUUAAAAAUUUAAUUUUGA